AUGACGACUAAGUCUAAAGGACCGAAGAACAAUCUAAGCAGUCAUCUUGCUUGGUUGAUUCGAGAGAAACCGACGAUCCCCCCACCUAGGACUCAGAAGCCACCGUCGGCACAGGCCAUCUCUGCUGCUACUUUAGCUGCGAUCGAAACUCACAGUCGGCAAAACCCCUCUGUUGCUGGACCAUCUACUGCUGGCACUGGAGGGGUCAUCUCUCUUUCGAGAGCUAACUCGGCUGCGACGGCUACAGCUGUUUCACAGCCCCGAGAGCUAUCCCAGCAGAAAGAUAUCCCGCUAUUCGGACGGUCUGAUAGUUUUGGGCACGACCCAGGUGGAGGGAGCACUAGCCGGUCCAUCGAUUUCGCUCAUCAGGCACCACAAACGGACUCACGUGCAUCUGCGACAGUUGCAAGGGGUAUAACCGCUGGCGAUAUGCCGACUCUCCAGCUGGCAAAAACGCCGAGUAAUAGGCGGACGCUUACGAGUAUCCAAAGGAAGGAGCCUUCGCCAAAUGAGAACGACGAAGAAGACCCUUAUGUUCCAGUCCCAAGGAAAACCGCCUUAGCACGGAAGGCUCCGAUACAAGAACGGCUACAAUCUGACAGUGACGGCGAAUCAGACCCUUACGAGCCUGUAUCUAGGAAAAAGGUAUCACAGGUCGGGCCUGCGACGGUUAGAAAGAAUGGGAAUAGUUUGCUUGAGCAGUAUACCCAACAUUGUGCUAAUGGGAAAGGGAUAAAGACGCCAGCUGCAACUAAAAAGGUUGUACUUCCUACAGGGCCUGUUGAGUCCAUUGAUCUGACAAUGUCAGACGAUGAGGUCCCAAAUCUUACAACCUCAAGAUUUAAGCGUGAGCUAUCAACAAGGUCAGCAACAGCUACACCCUCGCGAAUAGGUGCGCCGGAGAAAGCGACUCUUCCUAUUGGCCCAUCUGAUCCACCGCCACCAUACGCUAGCCAAGAGCUACCCAUUUCUCGCCAGAAAGAAGAUGUUUCGAAAAGCCAUGGGUUUGGAGAAGCAGGGCGAAUAGCUACUACCGUAUGCAGCUCUAUAAAGACCAAGUGUAAAACAAUAUCUAAAGAAUCACAGGGCGACGAGACUCCAAAUAUUCGGACCGUAGACCGGGCUCAAGCAGCUUUAGUAACCCGAGAAGGGACUAAUAUUUCCGUCUCGACAGCUGCCGGGGCGGUUCGGACAGCCCGCAAGCGCCCUACGAUCGUGUAUGACUCUGAGGGCGACGAUUCUGCCGACCUGUCGGAUAAUAGUGCGACGGUAGGCCGCGGAAGCGUAGCAGGUGAUAACACUGAUCUGCCGGCAAAGAGAUCCGUGUCGGUAUCUGGUUUUGAAAGAUCUAGAAUCUCUGUGUUUAAAAGCCCUAGUCCUGCACGAGCGGUUAGCUUUAACCACCGCGAUAACAGUCCAAAAGUUUCAAUGGAAGACACCAUGGUUGUUAGAUCAAGCCCGUUCCAUAGAAGCCCGUCAAGGACGAAACGGAUGAACCAAAGGAACGCGACUCCAGACACCAAGGAGCUUGCGAAAAACCUUGCUGCAUAUCUUUCUCCAGCAGCUGGGAAGGAGAAUAUCCAGUCGCCACUUCGCGGAGCAAUUCCUGCUCCAGUAUUUGAUUCCGAUUUAUCCCAGCAAAAACGGCGUAUUGAAAGGGAAAUGGCGGAUGUUACUGACAUGAUACAUGCGUACACAUCGAACACUUACAAAGGGUCCAUGACGUUGGUGCAAAUGGCAAUCAAAUAUGAAGAGUUGAAGAGGACGCUUGCCGGCCUCGAGGGAACUAGCCACGACAUUUUGGGUCAAAUACACAACAUUCUUCCUCCCCGCACGCCAGAGCACGUUGCGGUUGAUGUAUACGCUACACAAAACUUCGUCGAAAAUACACCAAUACGGAAGCCGUUCCUUGCUAGAGUAGCCGAGGAGCCGACUCAGUUCGUCAAGCAGACCCAGUACCCUGUUAGAUCUAAGUUAGCCAAUGAAACGGUUGACGAGAGAGUCAGCGCUACAAUGCUACCGAAGGGGCAUGAUACAAUGGAUGUUGACGAUGAUAUCGGCAAUCCGUUCGAUAUGCAAAUUUCGAGCCCUCCAGACGCAGAAUACACUGCGCCAAGCUCUCCGGCCCAGAGAACCCUCGAUAAAGGCAAGGGGCGAGCGACUGAAGAAGAUAUCGAAGAAGGUUUGGAUGGCCUCGACAGCCUGGAUAGUGACGAUAUCCCGGACGAGUUUUUUGAUUUCGAAAAUGAAAUACAUGAUCAAGUCCAAGAGAAGGAUCCUUCUGGAUCUGGUGCUCAUUCGUUCAACAUAGACGAAUAUGACGAGGACGAUUUUGAGUUAAGUCCUGAAGACCUUGCUGAGAUAGAGGGGAGACCAUUGGAUCAGCGAUCACGAUCUCCAUCCUCGGACAUUGAAGUUCUUGAGCAACCACCUCCGAAUAUCUUCGAGGCUCGCGCAAAAGCCGUUAGUCAGUUUGCCAAGGACCACGAUCAUCUAAACGAGGAAGAUGUUGAGCUCGAUGAGGAUAUCAUGGAGAUCGGUACCCAGAAAGCCGUCGAAGUCAACAUGGGGGCUCCUAGCAUGAAUCAUCCAUGGUCUACCGACGUGGCCCGGGCACUGAAAACGACGUUCAAACUCAAAGGGUUCCGGGCUAACCAGCUCGAAGCAAUCAACGCUACACUUGGUGGAAAUGAUGUCUUUGUUCUUAUGCCUACUGGUGGUGGCAAGUCACUCUGCUAUCAAUUGCCCGCGGUGGUAUCCUCUGGCAAAACCAAAGGGAUCACCUUCGUCAUAUCGCCUCUGUUGUCGUUGAUGGAAGAUCAAGUUGAUCAUCUUGGAGCGCUAAAGAUACGAGCAUUUAUGUUUAAUUCUUCCAUAACGGCCGAAGAAAGGAGGGAAAUACUCAAAGAGCUCAAGAGCCCUGAUGCCGCGACGUCUAUUCAGCUUCUUUAUGUUACCCCCGAAAUGUUGGCUUCGAGCAAAAUGAUGGAAGCGGCAAUGGGUUCACUCCAUAAACGAAACUUGAUUGCACGGGUGGUGAUCGAUGAAGCUCAUUGCGUUAGUCAGUGGGGUCAUGAUUUCCGGAAAGAUUAUAAAGAACUAGGAAAAUUGAGAACAGGGCUCCGGGGCGUUCCUUUCAUGGCGCUGACAGCUACAGCAACCCCUCAAGUGCAGCAGGACUUGAUGCGCAAUCUUUCGAUCACGAAGUGCAAGACAUUCAAACAAAGCUUUAACCGGCCAAACCUGGUUUACGAAGUUCUUGAGAAGGUCAAAGGGGGGCAGGUUGUUCAAGAUAUCAUUAACCUUAUUCAAACCAGCUACAAAGGGAAAUGCGGUAUUGUCUAUUGUCUUUCGAAAAACGAUUGCGAACAAGUUUCUUCCCAUCUCCAAAAAGCGAGAAUCUUGGCAAACUUCUAUCACGCCGGCCUAACAACUGACGAACGCAGGAACGUUCAAAAGCGAUGGCAGUGUGGCGAACUCAAGGUCAUCGUUGCAACAAUAGCCUUUGGAAUGGGUAUUGACAAACCCGAUGUUAGGUUCGUCAUACAUCAUAGCAUCCCAAAAUCGUUAGAAGGGUAUUAUCAGGAGACUGGCAGAGCGGGCCGUGACGGUAAAAUUUCUGGUUGUUACCUUUUUUACAGCGGCAAUGACAUGAUGCGAAUAUUGAAGAUGAUCGAAACCGGCGAAGGGGCUACGGAUUUCACGAUCGAUCACGGGAAGACAAUGGUCAGGGCCGUUGCGAAUUACUGUGAUAAUAAGGUUGAAUGCCGGAGGAUGCAGGUUCUCCGUUACUUUGCCGAAAGAUACGACCCCGCGGAUUGUAAGAAGACGUGCGACAAUUGCAAGUCUGGCAUCAAAUAUACUCCUCGUGAUGUUACCGACGAGGCAAAGGCGGUUCUCAGUAUUGUUGACGGAGCACAAGGCAAGAACUUGACCACUGCCAAUAUUCUAGAUGUUUUCAAGGGCUCUCGGCAGAAGUUGAUUAUGGAAAAUGGAUGGAAUAAUCUGGAUGGGUUCGGUCAAGGGAAGAGUUGGGAGAAAGAUGCCUCUACGAGAUUGGUCGAGAAGUUGAUCGCGGAAGAUAUCAUUUGUCAAAACUACAUCCCGAACAAAAGCGGGUUUACAAAUACCUACAUUAUCCCCGGGAAAAAACAGAAGGAACUAUCUAACGGAAGGAAGUUUGAAAUGACAUUUGAUCGCUCCCCAACUGCCCCAAAGAAGGGGGCGAGAAUUAAAGUCAGCAAUGACCAAGAUUUCGAAUCCACCAAUGUCUCUUCGCCAAUCCCGCCAAGUAAAGGGAAACCUCGCAAAGCGGCAACAGUUCAAAACACUCAGCCAGAUGACGAUGGGUUCAUGCCUAUUCGUGAUGGUGGUAGUAGUGUUGCAGGAAAAAAGCGGAAGAGUGACGGGAUUGUUGACAACAAGGCUGCACCCCGUCGGAAGAAGGUGGCUGCCGAACCAAUCGGGGUUGCUGCCGACAAUAUUCGGGCGGGCCUGAACCACUAUGAACUUGAUAUUCUUGAACGGUUCCUAAAGGAUGCGAAGCGGGUUCGGGGCGAGCUUAUGAAUGAGAGAGGUCUACGUGUAGAGUCGAUAUUUACGGAUACCGAGCUAAGCUGGAUGGGUCGCAAGCUUCCUUGCAGCAUGAAUGAGUUGGCGGCAAUUUCCCACAUUCAGGACAAAGAACGUAUCCGACUCUAUGGCCCUAAAUUUCUACCUAUCACGCAGAAAUAUAAUAACGAAAAGUUGGAGAAUUAUGAGGGAACGCAAUAUACUCAUGGUGGCGAGACCCAAACGCACUUGCCAGGGAUUGAUGGGUUUUUAGAGGAAGACUUCGAUGAAGAAUAUGUGGACGAUGACGACGAUGACGGUGAAGAGUCGCGAUAUUUUAGUAAUACGGCUGGGAAAAGUCAGGCGGCGUCGGAUUUCAGCGCGAGGAUGGCUGCUGCGUCUCAAGCGAAAGGAUCGACGACGACUAAAUCAACUGCCCGUGCUCCUAGACGCGCUUCUGGGAGUGGUAGGGGCCGAGGAGGUAAGAAAUUCUUUAAACGAGCCUCCGGAGGGGGCGCGAAGUCUUCAAGGGGAGGAGCGAAAAGUGGAAGAGGCGGUUCGAAAGGCGGCCGUGGUGGUUCCGGAUCCAGUGGGAUUCGGCCAAUGAUAUAA